AUGGCAGAAACGGAAAAUUCAGUACGCGCUUAUAUCAGAAGAAUUUACGUGAAGACUUCACAUUUUGUGAAAAACUACAUGACAGCCACCGACCAAGAAAUGCAGAACAAUGCCGACCCGAUAAUGGAUAUUAUAGCAACUGCACCAAGUGACUCAUUGUACUUUAUCGAAAGAAUAAAUCUCAUUUCAGCUGUAAUAAGCAUCAGCACUUCCUUCCCCUACUUGGCGUACCUAAUCAUACACUGGAAGGAGUGCUCAUGCAAUGAGAUCCUAAGAUGGUGGAUUGUAAUUAACAGUUUGUUGCAGCUUGUACAGGCCCCCAUCCGAUUUUUCCUGUACUUCCUGUUGAGGAAGUAUAAGAUGGAAAAUGAGAGGAUGCACAUUCACGCACUGAGAAGACUCACCAGCUCCAAGGGAUGGAAACUGAGCAAGAGGUUUAGCCUGCUCAACUAUUUAUGGUUCAUCACAGGGACCAUCGUAAUGGUCAUGACAAGGAAGUACACAAGAAACUUCUACUUGUGGUUUAUAUCAUGGUCUAUUAUCCUGUCAUGUGUGUUCCGAGUAUUCUUUACAGUCAUAUGGUUCUGCUUUUUUUUCCCAUAUCAUCAAAAUGUUCCGAAACAAAAAAAAGGAGUGCCAAAACCCUUUUUCGCAGAAAUCCCUACCUUUAAAUAUUCACCAGACAGAAAAUUAAAGAACGAGUCCUGCUCCAUUUGCCUAUCCGACUUUGUCGAGAAGGAUGAUAUUCUUGAAUUAAGAUGCUUACACAAUUUCCACACGAAGUGCGCCAAGAAGUGGCUCUCCCAGAGGAGGCAAUGCCCUCUCUGUCAAAGGGAUGUUAUGAAGAACGAUUAA